AUGGAGGCCAACAUGAACCUCCUCCACGACGCCGGCAUCCGGACGACACACUGGCUGCAGCAGCGCUUCCAGGGCUCCCAGGACUGGUUCCUCUUCAUCUCUUAUGCUGCUGAUCUCAGGAAUGCUUUUUUUGUCCUCUUCCCCAUCUGGUUCCACUUCAGUGAAGCAGUGGGCAUCAGGCUCAUCUGGGUGGCUGUAAUUGGAGACUGGCUCAACCUCGUCUUCAAGUGGAUCCUCUUUGGGGAGAGACCAUACUGGUGGGUCCUUGACACAGACUAUUAUGGAAACAACUCUGCACCAGAGAUUCAGCAGUUCCCACUCACCUGUGAGACUGGCCCUGGGAGCCCAUCUGGCCAUGCCAUGGGUGCAGCAGGUGUGUACUACGUCAUGGUGACAGCCCUCCUCUCUUGCAAGCUGGCCCUGGCACCGACAUGGCCGCUUGUCCCUCACAGGGUGCUGUGGACAGUGCUUUGGAUUGGGUUCUGGGUAGUUCAGGUCUGCGUCUGCAUGUCCCGAGUCUUCAUUGCUGCUCACUUCCCCCACCAGGUGAUUGCAGGGGUUUUCUCAGGGAUGGCUGUGGCCAAGACCUUCCAGCACGUCCGUUUCAUCUACCAUGCCAGCUUCCAUCGGUACCUGGGCAUCACCCUCUUCCUCUUCAGCUUCACCCUGGGUUUCUACCUGCUGCUUUGGACAUUUGGUGUGGACCUGCUCUGGACACUGGAGAAGGCACAGAAAUGGUGCAGCCACCCUGAGUGGGUGCACAUUGACACCACUCCCUUUGCCAGCCUUCUCCGUAACCUGGGCAUCCUCUUUGGGCUGGGGCUGGCCCUCAACUCCCACAUGUACCAGGAGAGCUCCCGGUUAAAGCAGGGCCAGCAGCUGCCCUUCCGCCUGGGCUGCAUUGCUGCCUCCCUCCUCAUCCUCCACAUCUUCGAUGCCUUCAAGCCACCCUCCCACAUGCAGCUGCUCUUCUAUGCCCUCUCCUUCUGCAAGAGUGCGGCCGUGCCGCUGGCUACCGUUGGCCUCAUCCCCUACUGCCUCUCCCAGCUCCUGGGCACGCAGGACAAAAAGGCUGCCUAAGGCAGGCAGA